AUGUCCGAGACGGCGCCGGCUGCACAGCAGGCCUCAACGGCCCCGGAGAAGCCAGCGGCUGCCAAGAAAGCCAAGAAACCUGCGAAGACUCCAGCAGCCGUUAAGAAGCCUGCGGGCCCCUCGGUGUCAGAGCUCAUUGUGCAGGCCGUGACCGCCUCCAAGGAGCGCAGUGGGGUGUCUCUGGCCGCGGUCAAGAAGGCGCUGGCGGCCGCCGGCUAUGACGUGGAGAAGAACAACAGCCGAAUCAAGCUGGGGCUCAAGAGCCUGGUGAGCAAAGGCACCCUGGUGCAGACCAAGGGCACCGGCGCCUCCGGCUCCUUCAAGCUCAACAAGAAAGCGACCCCUAGCGAGCUCAAGCCCAACACCACGAAAGCGGCGGCAAAGGCUAAGGCGGCAGGCGCUCCCAAGAAGUCAAAGAAGGCUCCCGGGGCAGCCGCGAAGAGGGCGGUCAAGACUCCGAAGAAGGCUAAGAAGCCUCCGCUGGCAAAGAAGCCUUCCAAGAGCCCGAAAAAGCCUAAAGUCGUAAAGUCCAAGAAAGUAGCCAAGAGCCCCGCUAAGGCCAAGGCCGUGAAGCCCAAAGCAUCUAAGGUCAAGGUGACUAAGCCCAAGCCUGCCAAGCCCAAGAAGGCAGCACCCAAGAAAAAGUGAGCAGUCUGGUUGGAAGGUCCUUCCGGUAACCCAACGGCUCUUUUAAGAGCCACCAUUACGCAGUUCAGGAAAAGAGCUUUGCACACGUUAGCGGUUAUACAGCGUUCAGGUGGUGAACUGUUGUUAUAUUUCCGUUAAUCUGGAGCCAUCUGAGCUUGACGUUUUCAGGGUUUAAAGGGUCACCAGUUUUGGAAGUCCCAUGUUUCAACUGAGCAGAAAAAUAAAUUGGAUUCCAUGUUGGUGACAGCAUUGGUUUUCUUUAAGAUGAGGCAGGAGGUCAUAUCUGACAUUGUGGCAAAACAGAAAUGAGGAAGGAAGAGUCUGUGGAAGCCACUGUGGAAAACGGGGAGAAGACUGAUUACAAAACCCUAACGCGAAUUCCAGAAGAGAUCUCCUCAAAAAGCAGCACACUGGAGAAAUUUGGAAUUGCAGCAGUAUCUGGUCACACAGGAAGUGAAUAAGGCAGAGCAGAGUUUCCUUCCUCCACCAGCACUGCAGAUGUGCCCAGACUGAGGUUACAGAAGGUCAGCAAGCUGACUGGGAAGAAGGUCAUGACCAGAAUGUAACAGGAUGGAAAGCUUUACUGACAAUCUGGUCUCAGGAAAACCAGAGAAACAGGUCCCAGCCAUCUCCUGGCAAUGUAGGUUCUUGGAUUUCUUUUCCAGAAGAUGAUUUUUGGGAGAACUUUUGCCCAGUUGGUGUUCAGGCAAGUUCCAUCCUGUACUAGUUCAUCUCCCCGCCCAUCUGACUGAGGUUUUAUCUGUUCAGGCCAUAGUCAUAAAAGGACUGAGUCUUGGACGUCUACUUGCAAAGCUCUGUAAGACCAUCCCUCUACCCCUUGUUCAGCACAUAUAAAAACAUUAUAAUGAAGUGACUCAAGCAACAUUCCCAGGCACUCAACAGCAGUUAGUAAAAGCAGAAUUGACUGUAAAAUGUGACAUGCUUAUAAAGGUCGCAUUAAGUUCAUGUUUAUUGAGAUUGCCCAAAACACCACAGAGCUCAAUGCUUAUGUAUCUUGAAAUAAGUAUAACACUAACUUUAGAAGGUGCAUCUGAGUGUAUCUGAGUGUUUGCUUAGGUUUUCCAAUGCAUUCUGUAAGAAGGAUAACUGCCUAAGUAUUUAUGGUUAUCAAUGUUAAAAACCUGAAAAAAACCAGAAUGUAUGUGGCAGACAGCGAGAGGGAGAAGAUGGGUAGGUGGUGAUGGCAGAAAGAGAUGAAAGGGCAAAACAAAUCGACAGUUUGGGAGGAACUCUGCUUCAAAGGGGGCUUCUGGACAGCAAAGUGGAGGAAGGGAGCCCCUAGAAGGGAAUCCCACAGGAGACAGGUAGAUGACAUGCAUGUGAACUGGGUAAGUUAGAAGCAAUAGGGAGGAUUGGGGCUGAGAGGUUACAGCAAAGCCCACUAAUAUUCAAACUUUAAAACAAACAAAACUGUACCUGACCACAAGGUGUCUGUCCUGGGAACCAGUAAACACCUCUCUAUUCACUUCCACAUAGGAAAGUUCCAAAUCCCUGUGAGGAAACUUAAGCAUGUUACAUUAAUGGUCUGAGUUAAUGAAUCAUUCAUUCAAUAUGAACUAAAUAUCAUUCUAGAUAGAGAGGCAAACAUUCUAAUUGCUAUAAACUUAACUUCUCCAAUAAAAUAGAGAUGUUAAUUCCUGAUUUACCCAUCAUUUAAAAUUUAAAAAAUU